GCAAGCAAGGCAGAGAGGGUGGGUGGGAGGGAAGGGUAGCGAUGCCGCAUGUCUACAUCGGGCACCUCAGCAACCAAGCCCACAAGCGGAACAUGGAGCCCUUCAAGGGUUAUGGGAAGAUCGUCGAGGUCGACCUCAAGAACGGGUAUGGCUUUCUUGAGUUUGGUGAUGUGUGUGAUGCUGAUGAUGCUGUUCAUGAGCUAAAUGGCAAAGAUCUUUGUGGGGAUCAUGUAAUUGUUGAGCACACCUGGGGCCCUCGUUGCGACAGCAGUUAUAGUUCUGGACGCAGUGGAUAUGGUUAUAGAAGAAGUGGAAGAGACAAGAACGGGCCUCCAACCCAUACUGAAUACAGAUUGAUUGAUGAAAAUCUGACAGGCUGUUGCAAUUGGCAGGACUUGAAGGAUUACAUGCAUCAAGCAGGUGAAGUGACUUAUGCUGACGCACACAACGGCAGGAAAAAUGAAGGUGUGAUUGAGUUCAAAUCCUAUUCUGACAUGAAAAGAGCCCUUGAAAAUCUGGAUGGGACAGAAGUAAAUGGUAGAAAAGUAAGACUAGUUGAAGAUAUGCCUGAGUCCAGGCGCCGCCGGUCCUAUUCCAGAAGUCGAACUCAUUCAAGGUCUCGCUCUUGAAGCAGGUAAAAAGGUAAAGGUUUCCCCUGACAUUAAGUCCAGUCAUGUCUGACUCUGGGGGUUGGUGCU